CUCAAGAUUAUUUUAAUUGUGUUUAUAUUAAAUUGUGUAACUGUUUUUGAAAUUGGAUACAAAACAUAAUCAGCUUAGGGCUAAAUGAAGUAAAAUAUUUAUAAAUAUCGGAGGAUAUAACUAUGUUGAAUUGUGUAUUGGUUUUAUAGUACAUGUCAGGCAAAGCUGGCCCCUGGCUAUCUGACACCAGCAGAUCUUUUAGAUCAUUUGACAUACCUAAUUAACUGCUAGUUCACUAAAUGGCUAACACAAAAGGUCAUUCAGUACACAGACGGAUCUUAAUAGCCUGGUUUUCUCUCCUAUUGGAUGUUUGUUAACUGUUAUACAAAGGAAAUGCAUUUUCAGCCACAAAACAAUAAUUGAAAAUGUGCUUUGACCGAAAAGAAAAGAGGGUAUUAAACCGUGAAAGUAUUCGAUAAAAUAGUAAAGACGUUCAGUACGGAUAUAACAAUGUAUAAACAUGCAAUACGCUACUUAACUCGCUGCGGAUAUGAAACUUCUAUUAAAGGUGGGAGGUGAGACUAUCUACAUGCCUCAGGAAUAAGGAAGUUUAUAUACUGACUCAGAAGUCAGAAAAAAAAACCAAGAAGAAAAACUAUAUGAAAUCUACAACAGUGAUAAACAUCUCUACAACGUAUUUUAUCUACUUUAUCAAAGUGGGGGAGUCCAGGUGAUCUGGAUCCAAUCUGCAUCAUACAAAUGCUUGCUUUCUUAAAUGAAUUGUACUGGCAUGUACACAGACCUGUGUGAGUAGGAAUACUAGAAGGAAAAUGUAUGGAAAGUAAAGUGCAGUGUGUAAAAAAUGUGUGAUAGUGUGUUUUUAAGUGGAUAACACUUAAAGUUUGCCACUGAUGAAUAAAGUGAAUGUGAAAUAAAAGUUGAAGUGGAAAUAUUAAAAGUGAAAAGUCUAUUUCCCACAUGUUGGAUACAUGUAUAUUUAUGUGGCUAUUGUCAAACGUGCUUCUGUACAUGGAUUAUCAUAUCAGUUUUCAUUGCCAGAUAGUAUUGCUGUAUAAAAAAUGGAUCUAAAAAGGUGUGUAAGUAAUAUUACUAUGUUUGUUUUUAAGGCAAUUUUAUGUGUCUGCGUUUUGGCACAUACUGUGUGUUUGUUGCCGAUUGUGCCAGAUUCCGUCCACAACCACUUACGUCGUAGUCUUCCUAAUCAUCAAUCUAGUCCAAUUGUAUCCGGACGUGAAACUUUUGUGCAAUAUUCCCUAGCUGAUAAGCCCUCAGGACAAACACACCUUGCCAAACAUGCUGGUGCUCAACGAAUACCAUCAAUGCCACACAGUGCCAAACAAGUUCACUCCGAUUCAAUCAACCAUUCACCUGACUAUGCAAAUGAAAACAUUGUAAAUUCCACACACACACGUUCUUCCCCGAAUUUUAACUCCAGCAAGAUUGGGAAACAUUCCAAGAAUUCAAGGAGCGGGGGAUUAAAGACAAAAACUGCUCAAAUUCCUCGCAGAAAUUCUCUACCUUUGCAAUAUGAAUCAGACACUUAUAAUGCUCCGAACUCUCUCGAAAACAUCAACAAGAAUGUUGAUGUGCAAUUGAACGUUUUAAAUGAUAACAACAAUAGAGUGGAGAAUGAUAUGAGAAUAGAAAACAGUGAAAGUUUGCAACUGGCCGUUCAAAGUGGUAACAGUGAAGUUGACGGACAAACCGAAGUUUCCGACACCAUGUUGGCUGUAGCUUCAGGUGUUGUGGCUUUGUUCAGUGUGGGGGUUAUCAUUGGAAUAUUUAGUUGUUGCUGUAAGAAGAAACCACAAAAUGAAGAAGAGGAAAAGCUCGACAUGCUAGAUAGAGAUGGAAAUAAAGAGACUGAGGAAGAGGACUCAAAGGCUAAUACUGAAAGAUCAUUGGUCGAUAGCAAGAAACCAUCACAAGUGUUCAAUUCCAGUGGUAUACCUGAAGGGGAGAAAGACCUUGAUGAUACCAUUUCCUUCAAGGAUAAAAUAAAGGCUUUAGACAACAAACUCAUCAUUCAGCCAUCCCCGGACAAGCGCAAGUCUCUACUGGCAGAGCAGGCAGAGAAGCGUAAGUCUCAGUUGACAGCGGACCAGCCGGCCAACAGACUGUCUCAGCACUCUCCAGAUGUAGCUACCAAAAGGAAGUCUCAAAACGAGGCAAAUAUGGUCAACAGUAUUACAGGACUGCCAAAGCAGCCAAAAAUUGUGGUAUCCGAGGAUGAUGACGUUCAAUCACGAGACAAAGAUGGUUCAAGAAGUGCUGGUGACAAUAUUAGCAAGAGUGAUACACAAGAUGACAUCUCCGACAAAAUAUUUGAUAAUCUCUCCAUGCACAGUUCAACAUCUCAGCCGUUCAAUCCAGAUGUUGUUAUAGCAGAUUCGGACGAAGAAGAUGAAUUUGGAGAAAUUCAGAGAGGGACUGUUAUUCUAAAAUCGUUUCAGAGAGCUAAACCACCAAGAAACCGUAGUCCAGCCACUAGAACUUCAAAAGGAAAAAUUAGAAAACCAAGACCUAAUGCUAGGAACCAGGGAGACAAAAAAGAGGACAGGGAACCAACCUCUACAACCCCAUCUAGUGCAUCUGUUCAAUUUUCCAUGGCAACCAGUGACAGUAAAACUAACAGUCUUGAAAAAUCGGAAACUAAAGUUCAGAACAACACUAGCAAAAAUAAUAGCUUAGAAAAGGUUAAUGAACGAAAGAAAAGCCUCGAAAACAAUUUUGAAAGUCCAAUGUCUAAGUCAAGUAAUUUUAGUGAUUUUGAUUCAAUAAUGAGUCAAAGUAUAACAAGUGUAGGUAGUGAUAUUGUAACACCCAUGAAACGGGAAACGGCUAAAAAUGGAAAAUUCGCAAAAACUAAAAAAGACUCUCCGAAAAGAGAUAGAAAAGAAUCACCCGCGAGAUUAACGAAGAGUAAAGAAAGGGAGAUUACUGAAAAGGACAAACGGAAUGACUCACCAAGCAGGUUUAAGAAAAAUAAGGAUUCACCUGUGGAAAAACGUAAGAAUCGGAGAAAGGAGGAGGAUAGAAUAAAUAAGAAUAGACUGUCGUCUGAUGUAAGCGAAGACAAAGCUGUAACGAACUCUAGUAGGGAGAACAGGUUAUCAGGAAUCCCUGCCACUGCUAGUAAUAAUGCUAGUAACAAUAUAUUCUUUUUGAUUGAUCCAACAGUAAAAGACAAGUGUAAAUCUGUAGGUGAUGUAACUAGAGAUAAGAGAACAUCUGGAGAUUAUAGCAGACAUGCUCAAAAAGCUGUAAAGCAUCACUCUGAAGACAAUCCAUCUAAAAAUCAGGAUGAGGACGAUUCACUGGGUGCUGUUAAAAGGGAGAGAACUCUGUCAGAUCCAAACAGAAAAUCAGCAGAGUUAAAAACAAACACUCGUUAAAAUAAACGUUUUUCUGUUCUAGUCUUAUCAGUUAAAUACAAAAGUUUUUCAAAAUGCUUAGUUUUGCAGCAAUUGAACAUUUUACACACAACUUUCAAUAGAAAGAUGUCAAUGCUUAAGUCUUUUGAAUAAUUUAUCACUGGAACAAAUUCUGUAAGUUGUAAACCACUGACUUUUUAAACGAUACUUGUUGAUAUAUGCUUGAGUGUUUAAAAGCUUUUGAUAUUUCAAGUGAGUUUCUAUAUUUGAAAAUGGCUAAGAACAUGUGACAUUUUACUUUCAAGGAAUUGUUCGGACAAUCUGUAUAUUUUAAACCAAACUGUUGUUAUAAUUUACUUUCACAUUCACUCAUGGCCCAAGAGCAAGUUAUACCAUUUUCUUUCCAAUUUGUGUUCUUUUUCAAGUUAGAAAUAUGUAUUGUAGCUGGGUCAACACAACAUAAUUGUAUAAUGUUACUCAUAAAAUGUGACACAUUGUGGGAGAAAGGUGCCAGUUGGUUGUAAGCAAUCAAUAACAGUUUUUUUAAAAAAAAAACCUAUUUUCAGGUUAUUUUAUAUUUCCUGUACAAGACAAUGAAUAAAACUAUUAUUAUUAUUAUUAUUAUUAUUAAUUUUAUUGUCAAAAAAAUGAAAAAUAUUUGCAUUUUCAUAAAUGACACCGAUUUUAUGACGAUGGAUAAUUUACAUGUUAUUUUAUUAUGUACACAAUUCCUGCCAACUAGCACUGUUUUCCUGUCACACACAACAUAAGAAAUUUAUACAUAAAUGUUUUCAUAUGAUAUCAUAUAAAAUAUUAAAUAUAUCAACAAAUCAUAUUAUUAUGCAAUUCCCCAAAUGUUGUGUAAACAGAAUCAUAUCAUGUGUAAACACACCGUUAAUUGUGUGGCAUAGCCGCAUAAUGUGUUGACAGAAAUGUAUUUAUCAUCAUAUAACAUGUAUUUGAAUGAAAAUUCAGAAUCAGAGCUUAUGCAAUUAAAUUAUAACACCCAAGUUGUGAAGGCAAUAUAUGAUGUGCCUUUUACAUUUCAAAUUAGGCCUGCGCAAAUAUCAUCUUAUAUUGUGUACUAGAAUUGGUCAGGCCAAUUUUUAAUUAUAUGCUUUUUGUAUGACAUUGUAUUUUUAUACAGUGAAAUAAAACUAUUAUAAAUGAU